CCCUGGCUUCAACCGGAUCAAUUUCGACACAUAUCAAACAAACACGCCGAAAGACUUACUCUCGAGUGUUAUGAGGAGUGGACUGACGACUCAAAAUACUACCAAGGCCAAGUCACCGCUACGCCAGGAUGUCCCAGUUUUCCUUUAUCACAAUGGAUCCUCCUGCUCGAAGGACAAGCACCAGACCUUGAAAAGGUCUUAUCUGGACAUUACUCUACCUCCAUCGACCCUAAACAAACUCAACCUCUCGGCAAGGGUUUUGAAAUUACAUUAUCCCAACCUACGACUACCCAUAAAGUCAAAACCUAUGGAGAUUGGAGUAUUGCAACUGACCUCUGGAUCGAGGCGCUCACCUUCAUUAUGCCCCGGAGAGAAUCUGAAUUGCAGGGAUAUAAGAGAUAUGUCUCCGGGUUUUUUGUCGACGUGCACUACAACCUACACUCCCGAAUCCUUGACUUUGACAGAGCGUGUCGUCUCAAAGUUGAAGGACAAAAGUAUCUCCGGUUCGACGACAUCAGAGAAUUCUGUCGUCUUGAAGUCUCCCACUUAUCAUCCCUCGGAAUGGUCACCUUCUCUGAACUCCAACACUUAUCCAUGUCGACCUCUACAGGAGAAAAGGGACUCGGAAAGGGUACGGGAGGAGGGAAGAAAUCGUUACGGUCGGAUUUGUUCGGACGGGGAGAGCCUUGUCACAACUGGAACUGCGGAGCAUGUGAUAUAGCCACCAACGAGUGUUCGCGAUUCCAUGUGUGUAGCAAGUGCCGAGGAGGUCACAAGCGGUCAGACUGCUCACUGGCAAAGGGUUCUAAAUGA